CUCAAAGUUUUGACGUUUUCUUCGCAAUCUUCAGCCCAGGCAGUCGACGUCGGAGUCUUGUGAUCAGUUUUUGGGAAAAUUUGUGGAAAUUUGCUGAUUUUCGCAAAAACUUUGCAGCGUUUUCCGUUUCCUAAGCAGCAGAAGUAACGCUCCGAUUUGCCAAGAUGCCAAUCUGCGGACCAAAACUGUCGCUCUGCGGCCUGAUUGUCUCUGUUUGGGGAAUCAUCCAGCUGCUCCUGAUGGGUGUCUUCUACUAUAUUCACAGUGUGGCUCUGAUUGAAGACCUUCCGCUGGAGGAACAUUACGACACUCCGCAGGAAUUCUACGCUGCAGCCGAUGUGGCUUAUAGUCAGAACGCCUACAACUGCUGGAUCGCUGCCUGCAUCUACGUCCUGACUCUGGUGGUUUCCGGCCAGCAAUUCUACGCCAACAGUCGCACCACCGUCGCCUAAAUCUGUGGCGUUGCCUCACCUUCUUUUGUUUGUGUAAUCCAUAAGUGUAAAUAUUUCUUCCAACAAAUGUUUGGACUUAACCAUCUCUCAACAAAUACCGUCAACCAGAAAAAGUGCGGAUAAAAGUCACAUUCCUUUGAUUUGGACAUCAUUUUGAGACACUUUCUGUAAAAAUGCUUUCGUUAUAUAAACAAUUUCAAUAUCGUUUCCCCGUUUUAAAGCAUUAAUGUAACCACCUACCGGAGACAUCAACAUGUAGAUCAAGUAUUAGAGAAUAAAUAUGUUCGGUUAACAACAACUAAA